AUGUGCAGCUCCGAUAUCUUCCUGGCGGUCCUCGCCGUCUUCUUUCCGCCGAUUGCCGUCUGGAUCAAAUCAGGAGUCUGCACCGCCGAUUCCGUCAUCAACCUGGCUCUCUGUCUCCUGGGCUACAUCCCCGGACUCAUCCACGCAUGGUACAUCAUCCUCAAGUAUCCCGAUCCGGAUUAUGACGAAGUGGUCUACGAGCCCAUCCCCGGCGGCUCAAGUCAGCGACGGGACUUGGAGAACGGAAAUGUGACGUACUACUAUGUCUCACACCAGCCUCUUCAGCAUCCCUCCCAACGAUCAUACGGCACCGUCAAUCCUCAAGGCCCCAGCCACCCUGAACGACAAGAAGCUGGCGGCAGCAGUGGACAGGCCCAGGGAAAUGCCCCGCCGCCGCCGACCUAUGCCGAGGCCGUGAGGGGCGACAAUAAGGUGCAGAGUCAGAACUAG